AUGAGCAACGACGAUUCAGGUCUCGGUGAGUCAACUCGUUCGACGGAAGUUGAUGGCGGCGACAGAGGAAAUCACACGCUUUACGAGUCUCGUUUCCAGUCGCAGCGGUUUGACUCGUCCUUCUCCGACUUCGACGCCCAACCGGAGAAAGACGGCGAUUCGUCUCCUCAUACCAACCUAGAGGAUUUCUCGUCGUCACAGAAGGAAUUACCGGAAACUCAAUCUUCGCCGUCUAUAAACGGUUCCGAACCUACGAACGGUCCGAUCUUGCCGCCUCCAUCGGUCAUGGAGAAGGAGGAAGGUUUCCCUCUCAGAGAGUGGCGAAGGCUAAAUGCUCUGAGAUUGGAAGAGAAGGAAAAGGAAGAGAAAGAAAUGGUUAGGCAAAUCAUAGAAACAGCAGAGCAAUACAAGGCAGAUUUUUAUAGCAAGCUUAGCGUUACUAUUGAAAACAACAAGAAGUCCAACCGCGAGAAAGAAAAGUUGUUUUUGGAGAACCAAGAAAAGUUUUACAGAGAAGCUGACAAAAACAGCUGGAAGGCGAUUGCGGAACUCAUUCCUCGUGAAGUACCAGUCAUAGAGAAGAAAGGGAAGAAGAAACAAGUUUCUAUAAAUGUGAUACAGGGACCAAAACCUGGGAAGCCAACUGAUCUGUCUCGUAUGCGUCAAGUGCUCACAAGACUCAAACACAAUCCUCCUCCUCAUAUGAAGCCUAAAUUGCCCACACCAUCUGGAGCUGACCUUGUGACUGAAACUCUUCCUUUCGUUAACCGGCGAACGCCAAUUCUAGGUUUAGCAGGUAACCGAGAUCUUCCAUUCGUCUCGCAUACUCUUUACGUUACCACGAUGAAGACAGCAAAGGGUAAAGAUAAAGUUAAGACCACAAAGGAAGCUUUGAAGCCAGUCGACGACAGAAAGCUGGGAAAGAGGAAGGCACCAGCUGAGAAGCCUACAAAACGAGAGACACGUAAAGAGAAGAAGGCCAAAAAGGACCCAAACAAACCAAAGAGAGCUCCAAGUGCCUUCUUUGUCUUUCUAGAAGAUUUUAGGCAAACUUUCAAGAAAGAAAAUCCAAAUGUGAAAGCUGUCUCUGCUGUUGGGAAAGCUGGAGGACAGAAAUGGAAGUCAAUGUCUCAAGCUGAAAAAGCUCCAUAUGAAGAGAAGGCAGCAAAGAGGAAAGCCGAAUAUGAAAAGCAGAUGGAUGCAUACAACAAAAACUUGGAGGAAGGGAGUGAUGAAUCUGAAAAGUCUAGAUCUGAGGUGAACGAUGAAGAUGAAGCUAGCGAGGAGGAAGAACAGCUAGAGAAGGGAAAGGCAGCUGAUGAAAAAGAAAGAGAUGAAGAUGAAGAUGAAGAUGACGAGGAAGAUGCUGAUGAUGAUGCUGAUGAUGACGAGGAAGAAGAAGACUGA